AAAAUUUUGAUUCAUCAUCAAUUAAAAAUCUUUUGUUAUUCAAAACAAAAGAAUAAAAAAAAAAUAACAACAAUGUGUUCAGGCAACAAGUCACCAUUAUGGUGGCUGCCAUUUUCAGCACCAUCAUCAUCAUCAUCAUUAUCAUCAUCAUCAUCAACAGCAGGAAUUCGGUCCGAUAAAAUAUCAUCAUGCUCAUAUGAUGAAUGCUCAUCAUCAACAUUAUCUUCAAAUAAAUCAUCGUCAUCAUCGAUUAAUCAUAAACGAUUAUGUCCCAUAAUAUCAUCAUCAUCAUUAUCAUUAUCAUCAUCAUCUUCAAUAUUAUCAUCUUUUUCAUUAUCAUCAUUGUCAUUAAUUCAAAUAUUUAUAAUGACCAUAUUGGUAACGAUUAUAAUUCCAUCGAACCAUUUGGCUAUGGUUGAAGCAUUAAAACGUCGUUCACCAUUACAUUCGGAUGUUAUUGAAGAAGUUGAAGCCAAACGUUUGGAUGGCCUUAUCCAGGAACAGGAUUAUAUUGCCGUCUUUUUCUAUACACGAACCUGCGAUAAUUGUAAAGAUAUUCUGGAAGAAUUGGAAAAAAUCGAUGAUGAUGCAAAUAAAUAUGGUGUUGAAUUUGUUAAAAAUUCUGAACGUGCUGCAUCGAAAAAAUAUGGCAUCAAUCAAUUUCCAACAUUGGUCUAUUUUCGUCACGGUGAAUCAACAAUUUAUGAAGGUGACCUGAUGAAUGAAGAAGAAGUACUUGAAUGGCUUAUAUCGGUUGAAUCAAUGGAUUUACCUGAUAGAAUUGAAGAAGUGAAUGCAAAAAUUUUACAAAAUUAUAUUGAUGAACAUGAUUUUGUGGCCGUUUUAUUCUACAAGAAAAACCAUAAGAAAUGCGAUAAAGUAUUGCUCAAAUUGGAAGAAAUUGAUGACGAUGCCGAUCAGAAAAACAUUGGAUUUGUGAAAAUUUCCGAUGAAACUUUAGCAUAUGAAUAUGGCCUGGAAGAUUUACCAUCACUAGUUUAUUAUAGAAAAAAGAUUCCAAUCGUUUAUACUGGUGAUUUAGAGAAUGAGAAAAAAGUACUUGAUUGGCUUAUCGAAUUUCGUGAUACAGUUGAUGAUCCAGAUGAAUAUGUUGAAGAUUCAGAUGAAAUCGAAGAUGUAAGUGCUUCGGUUUUACAACAAUUGAUUGAAAAUACCGAUGCAUUGGCCGUUUUAUUCUACGAUGAUCAAGACGAAGAUAGUAUGGAAGUUUUACAGGAACUUGAAAAUAUCGAUGAUGAAUGUGAUCAACAUGGAAUUGCAUUCGUUAAAAUUGAUGACAUUGAAGUAUCGAAAAGAUUUGGUAUCGAAUAUGAUGAAUUACCAACACUUGUUUAUUUCGAAGAAAAGAUUCCCAAUUUUUAUCAAGGUGAUUUGAUGAAUGAAGAGAAAGUAUUACAAUGGUUAAUACAUCAGAAAAAUACCGAUGAAAUUGAAGAUGUAUCCGAUACUGUUCUUGAAAAUAUGAUCGAUUCAACCAAUUAUUUGGCCGUAUUAUUCUAUGAUCAACAUGAUAAAAAUUCACAAGAAGUACUCAAAGAAUUGGAAAAUAUUGAUGAUGAAUGUGAUGAAAAAGGUAUUGCAUUCGUCAAGAUUGAUGAUGAUCAAUUGGCCGAAACCUAUGGCUUACAUGAUGAAUUGCCAUCAUUAGUUUAUUUCGAAAAUCGUAUACCAUCAGUUUAUCAAGGUGAUCUUCGUAAUGAAGAACAAGUGCUUGAAUGGCUAAUCAAACAACAACAUUCAGAUGAGAUUGAAGAAGUUUCUCAUGAAUUAUUAAAUGUUCUAAUACAAAAACAUAAUCAAUUGGCUGCAUUAAUCUAUAAACCAAAAGAUAAACAAAGUGAAAAAGUUCUCAAAGAACUAGAACACAUUGAUGAUGAAUGUGAUGAUAAAGGUAUCGUUUUUGUCAAAACUGAUGAUGUAGAAGCAGCCGAAAAAUAUGGUGUUCGUAAAUUACCGGUGGUAUUAUUCUUUAAAUAUCAAGUACCCACAAGCUAUAAUGGUGAUUUAACUGAUGAAGAUAAAGUACUUGAAUGGUUACUUGAUCAACAAGAAUCUGAUCAAAUUGAACAGGUCAAUUCACGAACAUUAAAAGGACUAAUCGAUUCUUCUAGUUGGUUGGCCGUUUUAUUUUUUGAUCAAUCAAGUCAAUCACAAAAAUGUCUUAAAGAUCUUGAAACAAUUGAUGAUGAUGCUGAUCGUUAUGGUAUUCCGUUUGUGAAAAUUGAUGAUGUUUCCGUUGCAAAAGAUUAUGGUCUAGCAGAUGAAUUACCCGUAUUGGUUUAUUUUGAAAAUCGAUUGCCCACCGUUUAUGAGGGUGAUUUGACCGAUGAAGAUGCAGCAUUGGCAUGGCUAGUUAAACAGAGAACAGAAGAUACUAUUGAAGAAGUCACUGAAGAAAUUCUAGCCGAUUUAUUGAAAGAACGUGAAUAUGUUCUAGUCUAUUUUGCACCGAAUGAUUGCAAAGAAUGUGAACACAUUCUACACAAUACUUUGGAACAUAUCGAUGAUGAUACUGAUGAACAUGGUAUUCUCUUUGUUACCACCGAUGAUCUGGCCUUUUUGCAGAAACAAUCGAUCAAAGUGGACAAAUAUCCAGUGUUGGUACUAUUUCGUAAUGGAGAGCCUAUCGUUUAUCGUGGCAAUCUUAAAGAUGGAAAAGCUAUCAUGGACUGGCUGACCGAUGAUGAAACGUUGGAUGAUCCGGAUGAAAUCGAAGAAGUCAAUGAACGUAUGUUGGAUAAGAUCCUGGAUCGUAGUGUCUACGUUGCCGUUUUAUUCUCUAAAGAUAAAUGUUCAGAAUGCGAAAAGGUGUUGCAAAAACUGGAAUCAAUUGAUCAUCUGGCUGAGGAGGCUGGCAUCGAUUUCGUACGAGUUAAAGAUCUUCGAUUGGCCAAAGAAUACAACAUUGUCUCAUUUCCAGCUUUAGUACUAUUUAGACGUCGUAUACCAUUGUUUUACGAGGAAGGAUCAUUGAAGGAUGCUGAUAAAGUGCUCAAAUGGCUGGUGAAACACAAAGAUUCACACAAAGAUGUCAUCGAAUUAGUGGAUCGACAUAUGUUACAGGUGUUACUUGAUGAUGUUGAUCAUAUUGUUGUAUUCUUCUACGAUGAACAUGAUUGUGAAGAGGAAACGGCCAAACGACGACAAAAAAGUAAAACAACUAAAUCCGAUGACGGUGAUGAUGAUGAUAUUUGUGAAUUAAUAUUACAUGAACUUGAAAACAUUGAUGAUGAUACCGAUCAGCAUGGCAUUCAUUUUGUAAAAAUUGAAGAUGGUGAAUAUGCACGAGAAUUGGGUAUCACUCAAUUACCAUCGUUAGUAUAUUUUGAAGAUCAACAACCAUCAAUUUAUGAUGGUGAUUUACUUGAAGAAGAAGAAGUACUUGAAUGGUUGAUAAAACAGAAGAAUGAAGAUACAAUUGAAAAUGUUAAUCGUGAAAUAUUGUUUCGUUUGAUUGCCGAACGAGAAUAUCUAGCUGUUUUCUUUUACAAACCAGAUGAUGAUGAAAGUGCCGAAAUUGCUGAACAUUUAGAGAAAAUUGAUGAUGAUUGUGGUGAUUAUGAUGUUGCAUUAGUGAAAUGUAAUGAUCAAUUGAUUGCCAAAAAAUAUGGUAUCCGUAAUCCACCUGGUUUGGUAUUUUUCCGCCGCGGUAAACAUAUCCGUUAUGAAGGCAAUUUAUUUGAUGAAGAUGAAGUUCUUGAAUGGUUAACACGGCCAGAUAAUAUGGAAAUGUCGGAUGCAAUUGAAAAAGUUAAUCGUAGAAUGUUUGAACGUAUGUUAGAUCGAACCAAUCAUUUGGCCGUUUUAUUCUAUUCAAAAGUUGAUUGUAAAAAUUGUGAUAAAGUUUUGGAAGAAUUGGAAAAGAUUGACGAUGAAGCCGAUGCAGCUGGUGUUAAAUUUGUGAAAAUUGAAGACAAUCAAUUGGCUAAAGAAUUUGGUGUAUAUGCAUUGCCUGCAUUGGUAUUUUUCAAGAAAGGUGAAGAUGUUCCAGUUAUAUUUGCAGGUGAUUUGAAAAAAUCCGAACGAAUUCUUGAAUGGCUUAUCAAUCAAAAAGAUCCAUCAUUAGAUCGAAUCGAAGAAGUGGAUGGUGGUACACUACGUAAACUGAUUGAAAGUGCCGAUCAUUUAGCCGUAUAUUUCUAUGUAUCGGAUUCCGAAGAAUGUCAAAAAAUAUUGGAAGAUCUGGAAAACAUUGACACAGAAACGGAUCGACAUGCAAUCAUUUUGGUCAAAACACAACAGACAAACAUUGCUAAAGAAUAUGGUAUUGAAGAAUUUCCAGCAUUGAUCUAUUUUGAAAAACGUAUACCAAGUAUAUAUGAAGGUGAUAUUUCGGCUGAAGAAGAUGUAUUACAAUGGUUAAUACAGCAAAAAACAGAAGACACAAUUGAAUCGGUUAAUCGUGAAUUAUUGGAACAAUUAAUUACAAAUACACAAUAUUUGGUCGUCUAUUUCUAUAAACCUAAUUGUCGAGCAUGUGAUAUAGUAUUGGAAGAAUUGGAAAAUAUUGAUGAUGAUUGUGAAAUAUAUGGAAUAAAUUUCGUUAAAAUUCAAGAUCAAACAUUAGCAAAACGUUAUGGGAUUAAAAAUUAUCCAGCAUUAGUCUAUUUCCGUAAUGGUAAUCCAUUAAUAUAUGAUGAUGAUCUACGUAAUGAAGAACAAGUAUUUGAAUGGCUAAUUGAAGAUGAGAAUCGUGAAUUAGCCGAUGAAAUUGAAGAAGUUAAUGGACGUAUGUUGGAAAAGCUGAUACAUGAUAAACCAUUUUUGGCUGUAUUAUUUUAUGGACGUGAAUGUGCCGAAUGUCAAGAAGCGAUUGAAGCGCUUGAGGAAAUUGAUGAUGAUGUCGAUAUAUAUGGUUUUGAUUUUGUUAAAAUCAACGAUCCUAUUGUUAAUGCUGAAUAUAAUGUACAAACAUUACCAUCAUUAGCUUUAUUUCGAAAAUCUGAUCAAUAUCAAUUCUAUGAAGGUGAUCUAAAUGAUCAAAAAGCUGUAUUAGAAUGGCUAACAUCGAAUGAAGUGUUUGAAAUAAAAGAUGAAAUUGAAGAAGUUAAUCGCCGAAUGUUAGAGAAGAUAAUCAAUGAAAAUGAUUUUGUUGCCGUAUAUUUUUAUGAAACUGAAUGUUAUGAUUGUGAAAGCAUAUUGAAUGAAUUGGAACAUAUUGAUGAUGAUACUGAUCAAUUGGAUAUAAUGUUUGUAAAAAUUCGUGAUACAAAAUAUGCACGUAAAUAUGGUAUACAGGAUGUACCGGCAUUAGUAUUUUUUCGUAAACGUUUUCCAUCCAUUUAUCGUGGUGAUUUGAUUCGUGAAGAAGAGGUACUUGAAUGGCUUAAACGUAAUCGUUAUCGUCAUCCAGAAUUGAAUUUUUUCAUGUAUGCAAUAACUGCUAUUACUGGUGCAUUUAUAUUGUAUACAUUAUUCUUGAUAUUCUGUAUCAGGCCUAAAAAAGAUAAAUCCAAACAAGAAUAAAUUGUAAUGGAAUGUGGAAGAAAAAAAUGAAAUAAAACU